CCCCGCCGCCGCCACCGAGGCCGGCCGACCCGCCGCGGCCGCUGCCGGGGAGAACUGUUCAGCCACCAAUGGCUGCUGAAGAUCCACAGAGAGACUACUCACCACCACCUGCAGCUGCAGUCCGUGGAACAAAGCGCAGGGUGGAAGUUGUGGACCCUGUGACCAUCCCGUCAACAUCAGUGGCCACUCCAGGCUUCCCCAGAGUCGCUGAGCCACGAGAGGAGGUCCAUGCCACACUUCAUGACCGGCUUGACAUGUACGCCCUGCAUGUGGCCAGCAGGAUACGCCAAAUACAGGAUCCCUACUUGCGCACAGUUGCCAUCAACCGUAUAGAUAAUGCACUCUUUGAUGCAGCCACUGCAGAACUGAUGGGUCAGCGGCCUCCAGCCAACACAGCCGCAACGCACUCCACUGCACCACCCGCUGCAGCAGCAACAGCAGCCAACACUCAUUUCCCACCAGGCAAUCCACGGGCGGGAUGCCAUGGUGUCCAUAUGAUGGGGACAUGCCACCAGGUUCCUGCAAUGCAGCCUGAUCAUCAAGGUACUACUUGGCAGAAUGGGCCAGUUGUGGAGGAUGUUGACUCCAAAGACAAUAUUUUUAUGAGGCUUUCCUGAGAUUGGUAGUCGGGGGAAGUCACCCCCACCAAUUUGCACUGUCAAGUGUAAAUCCUAUGUAAUGCAUGAAGAAGACAAUGACACUGAUGGUGAGUAGUCAACUAGACAUGGAGAGUGUACCUUGACUCAUUGCUCUCUUCUUCACACUUCUUACUGGAAAGCAGAUGAUCUCUAUAUUCAAUGUUUUAACUGUUGAGCACAUAAUUUCCUUAAUAUUUUCAUGGAUCUAUUUCUGUUAACAUCUUGAAUAUGGAAUGUGUUCUGAAGACAGAUGUUACUAAGAAACAAAGAUUGUACUCGAAGGGAUAAUGAAUAUAAAAUGUCUACCGCUUAGUACCGUGUUAGUCUGAGUAAGUAUCAUAUUGAUUGACAUUCAUGUUUGUUAGCUGUGUGUGUGUGUGUGUGUGUGUGUGUGUGUGUGUGUACACACCCAGAUAUCAACAACAUUUCACAUUUUUUACAUAAAUACAAAAUUGUCUACAUAUUUAACAGUAAUGAUGAACUACAUUUUCUUCUGUUAUAUUCAUUUAUUAUAAGAACCCCUGAUUAAGCCUAGGUAUUUCCCCUAGUUUCUCAAGUAUUAGGGGGUAGCAGAUCAUUUUCUUUAUGAAACUGGUCAAUAAAAUGUGUUUUUAAAGUGCUAUUGUUGUAACUUGAGGUUUAUAAUUCCAUUAUCCACAGCAUGGAUAUUUAUUGGUAUAUCAUUUAUUCAAUGAAUUUUCGUGCUAAUGUAUCACAGUAAAGUUGUCUACACAUCAGGCAUAGGUUAAUAUAUACAUUAGAGUUGCUGUCUUGAUGUAUUAAUUGCGAUAACUGUAGUUGUAGUAUUAGAAGAGAAGGCAAUCACAGUAACUGUUUUACAAAUGGUGAGCCUAUCAUCAGUGUUACAGCUGUGUAGGGAGAACCACUGUCAUUUUUUGAAGAGAAGAGUUAGUUGACACUCAUUGUUGUCUUUAAGUCUGAAGUGUCAUAUUAUACAAUAAUGUAUGUGUCAGUUGUAACCAAAUUAAAAUGUGCUUAACUGGUACCUCAGUCUCCAUUGUAGUAUUUAUGGUGAUUACAAUUGUUUCAUCAUGAUUUGUGCUCAUUUUUUUUUCAUUUUGGUUUGUUCAGGCGACAGCUAUCACUGUUUACAUGAAAUAGGUUACCUCCUUUAAGUGAAUACAUUUCCAUUGGCCCUAUGAAAUCCUUUCCUCAUUUUUGUAGCUAUUGAAGCAUGUCUUGUUUGGGCAGUUAUAUAUUGUUUCUUUGCACUAAAGAUUUUGUCUGCUUAGUUGGUUACUCCUCCUUCCUGGAAGCUGUGAUAUGUCUCUAAUAUCAGUUCGUUAAGCUAAGAUGUGCUUAAAGAGUUUCCCAUAUGUUUCAUUUUGUCUCUAGAUUCAGCUUUUGUUGGGAUGUAUCUGGCCAGAGGCGUACUUUGUAUAUAUUGUCACAUAUAACUAAAGAAUAAGUGUGUGAAUAUAUUGUUGGAAAAUGAACCAUUUUUUGAGAAUGUUAAGCUAAUAAACCUGUACAAAGUACAAAUAGACUGAAAGAAAGUUGAGAUACUCAACAACAAAAUUAAAUUAAUAGAAUCAAUAAGAAUGGUUGAUGAAUUAAUAGACAACAUUUUGCUUGAAAAUGAAACAUAAUGAUCAUCAACAACAACUAAAUAAAAAGUGACAUAUUGAAGAAGAAAACUAUUCACCACUUUUUUUCCAACAGCUACACAGUCUAAAGUAACAAUGUAUGAAGUACUUGAUUAGGGAAGAAUAGUACAAAUGAAUCUGAAACAGCCUGUAACAUUAUCAUGAAGACAGUCAUACUCAUUAGACAUGAUGCCUUUAAUAUGACAUUAGGAAGAAUUUGACCUCCUACCCUCACAGCUAAUAAUUCUAUGGAGGGAAUAGGGUUAUAAUACUUGCCUCUCAUCAAAAUUCACACAGAGUCUUGGAUCCACUCACUUAGCAGGUAAAUAAUCUACGUGUUUAUUUUUUUCUCUGAAAUAUAUUCAGCAACAAUAAGGACCUCAAAUGUAAUCUUAAGAGGUCCUAAUUGCUUCAUUAUUUCAAACAGUAUACUCACUGAAUGUUGUUAUUACACUUACUUCAAAUUUAAUCCAAGGAAUGUGGUAUGUUACUGUACAUCUGUAAAGAAUACUAUGAAACAAUGUUCUUGAUAGUCUGUUAAAAUAAUUGUCAAUGCAUUUUACAACAUAGUCAUUCAAAUGUUACAUCUUAAAUAGGAAAGGUGAAUCUUGAGAAUGAAACAACACAGAAGUUGACAUCACUAGCUCUUCUGGUGUUAUUUGGGAAACAUGAAAUGAAAGGCUCUGAAUUAAUUUUUGGUUGAAUGAAAGGAAAACUUAGAGAAAUAAGUAUAAUUAGUAGUUAGAAAAAAACCAUGACAAAAAUGCCUGUGGAAAUGUAAAUAACAGUAACCUUAAGUAGUAGCAGUAUUGAUGAUACUAACCAAAAGAAAUAAUUUUGUCCUUACAAAGGAAAUGCUAUUUUAAAUAUAUUGUGGAUGAAGUUUCUACCAGUGCUUCGUAAUAAGUCAAUCACUUUUACCCGUUCUACACUAUUGAUAGUAACAGUAGAUAUAGUACAGGAUUUUUAAAUAUUAUUUAUGCACCUUUUUAAAAAUAACAUAUAUUCAAGCUAAGAUCAUGUUGGUUACUGUUGUGUUUGAUAGAACUUAAGUAACUUCAUAUUUCCCAGUAUUAGAUAACCUUCACAUAUAAAUGUUAGUAUAGAAAUUAGAAACGUCAGGAUACAUUUAUGCUAAGAUGGAUAGGAUUAUACUAAGUAAUUUUAUUGCUAUGACACUUAUGUUAACAAUACAAACUUAUCUGGUUUGAUUUUAUGUGGAACUACAUAAAUGUUAUUGGUGUGAUGAAAUGAAUUGACGACGUGUGGUUACAGAUUAAUACGAGAUAUCUCAAUUCUGGUGAUAAAACUCUUAUUUGGAUGUGUUUCAUAUUUAGUACUGUGUUGGUAUUCAGGAUUAUGUGAUGAAUCUGAUUAUGAAAACUUCCUUCAGUGAUCUAAAUAACAAUCUUACUUCUUGUGGACAGUUUUCGUUCAGUUUAUUGACUACUUUUUCUCACAAGCACAAUAAACAUUACUUCUAUAUCAUAGACCAGAACAUCUGGAAAUCCAUAUCUAUUCGAGUACCAAUGUAUAACUUAGCAGAAAGAACCCAGGGUAAUCCCUACUGUUGGUUUUGGUGUUUCAGUGUAAUCAGUACUCAUAAUCAUUAUACAUCUCAAUAAGUGUUAUGCCUAAUAUUUUAGUCCAAGUUUAGAACUGGAGUGUUUAACAUAUACUAGAACACUCAACUAUUAUUUUGAUGUAAAUAUCUUGUAUUGUUUCAGUUGUACAAAUUUUAUUUCUGCAUUUGUCUGCACUGUUACUGGUAUAUAUUUGUAAUGGCUGUCACUGUAUAAUGUGUCUUGAAUCUAAUCGAAAUA